AGUUAAACAUACUUCGAUAUAAACUGAGAAUUUUCGAUUAGAUGAUAACACGAUAUCAUUACGAUGGAAGGCGGUGAUAUUUUUAUACAAGAUUUUAUAAACGAUCUCCAAGAAUCUCCUGAGAGCCAAAUUCAAAAAUGUUUCCGUGGUUCUUGUAUCCUUAUUACUGGCGGAACAGGUUUUGUUGGAAAAGUCUUAAUUGAAAAACUUUUAAGAUCAUGUCGUGAUUUGAACACAAUUUAUUUGAUCGUGAGACCACUGAAUGGACAAAAUCCUAAUGAAAGGGUCAAAGAAAUGUUUAAUAGUCCGUUUUUCGACCGCAUGAAAAUUGAAAAUCCCACGUACCGCAGCCAAGUGCAAGUAGUGAGAGGUGACUGUUUUCAGCCGAACAUUGGCGUGGAUGAGGCUGUCUGGAACAGAAUCGCGUCCAAAAUAAAUGCCAUCAUACACCUAGCGGCAGCUACCAGGUCAGACAAUCACCCUUACUGCACGUUGCACACCGCAGUCUACACCAACGUCCGGGCUACCAGAGACUUGAUUGUCCUGACGAAGCGUUUUAAAAAUCUCAAG